AUGAGUUCCACCACGUCGCUGGGGAUCUCGCUCACCAAGACCAUCAUUGGUGCAGGGAUGCUUUCCAUCCCCUACGCCUUUGCCACCGACGGGGUGUUGUGUGGCGUGUGGCUCAUCCUUGCCGCCGCCAUCACCUCCGGGUUUGGCCUCUUCCUCCAGGCGUACGUGUCCCGCUACGUGCCCCGAGGCCACGCGUCGUUUUUCAGCGUGUGUCUGAUUACAUAUCCCCUGCUUCUGGUGGUGUUUGACAUGGCCAUUGCCGUCCAAUGCUUUGGGUGCUCGUUAUCAUACCUUGUACUUAUUGGUGACCUCAUGCCCACCGUGGUGGCCAAUACUACUCGCACCUUCUGGAUUGGUAUCAGUGCGUUGGUGAUUGUGCCCCUUUCAUUCUUGCGCAACUUGGACUCGCUUAAGUUCUCCUCUGUCAUCGGCCUUUUGGCGAUUUUCUACCUUGCCGUUGUGGUUAUUGGCCACUUCUUGGUGGGCGACAUUCCUCGUGAAGGUACCGUGCUGUGGGUGGUGCCGCCAUCGGUCACGGGGAUGUUUUCCACCUUUAGCAUCUUGGUGUUUGCCUAUACUGGUCACCAAAACAUGUUCAGCAUCAUUAAUGAAGCCAGUGAUAAGAGCUUGCCUGCCCUUUCCCAAUUGAUCAACUUAGCCAUCAUGUUGUCGACGGUGUUGUUUGUGGGAGUGGGUCUUUCCGGCUACCUUACCUUCGGCGACUCUGUAAACGGUAAUGUCAUCUUGCUGUACCCUCCCGGGACCAUCACCACGAUUGCUCGUGCUGCCAUUGUGGUGAUGGUAACCUUUCUGUUCCCGCUUAUGUUCCACCCGGCGCGGAUUUCCGUCAACAACAUCUACUACUGGCUUACCACUCGCAGCCAACAAACUGCUGCUCCUGCGGAAACUGAAGCGGGCGAGACUCAACCCUUGGUGGAUGAUGAACACGCUAGUGGUUCCAAGGAAGCAGUGGUGGUGCCCUUCCCCGCCGUGCCCUACGUCGUCAUCACUUCCCUCUUGCUUGCCGCUGCCUAUGCGCUUGCCCUUUCCAUCACCCUGUUUGCGUUAGUGCUCGCCGUGGUUGGGGCAACCGGAUCCACCGCCAUUUCAUUCAUUUUACCGGGGCUUUUCGGUUACAAGUUGAUUGGCUCCGAGUUGCCCGUCGAGACCUACGCCAUUCUGUCGCUCCGCAACGCGGCGUUGGGGCUCUCGGUGUGGGGCGGGUUGGUGAUGGUGGUGUGCCUAGGCGCCAUCAUUGCUGGAAACUACUAG